CGUGUAUCACAUCACGUGCAUGUCUUUAAGAGGCAUAGGUCUUUGCACAGCUACUUCAACACAGUAAUCAUGCCCACACGUAUCCUCUGCCAAUCACAUCCCUCUCGAGAUCCAAUCGCCGCAACACCGUGUAUAUAUAUGACCAAUGUCUGUGCGCAUACACGUGCACAUGCACGUGUGAACUUGGAGUGCGUGUAUAUGAUGAACGUCUGUGUGCGCACACCUGCGCAUGCUCGUGUGGACUUGGUGUGUGUGUAUGUGACGAAUGUCUCUGUGCGCACACCUGCGCAUGCACGUGUCGACUUGGAGUGUGUAUAUGUGACCAAUGUCUGUGUGCUGUAUAAUGAGUUAAAAGAGGGUACUGGGCCCUGCAUGGGGAUAUGUUACUUCGCAAUUCGUGUGUCCGGUAUCUUUAUCCGUGCCCAGGCAUGCCUUCUUGAGCGGGCAAGAAAUCACGACAGGCAUACCUGUUUGCCCGGCAGCAUACCUGCAAAAAGCGAUACUAAUUUCACGGAUUCUAUGCUUCUACUCAAGGCGCUCCUUACGUUGUCGUUUCCGUGUUGUGGGUAUCUCUAAGCAGGUAGUACCCAUUCAUUGUGUGCACCAUAGAGUGAUUCACUAUUGGUUCGUUGCAGUCGAUGCCCUCAGCGCAAUUCUCGCAUUUGAGCUUGUUUCUGUGCCUGCGAAAGAGACACACGCAGACAACGGUUUAAGUGUUGCUUGCCAACCUGUCGACCUACUUGAUGAAGCCCUUCAAGCAGUAACAUGCAUUUUCUCCUAUGCUGCCUUCGGUCGAGUUGAGGUCCGCUCCACACUCUUUGCAAGUUGCCUUUCCUUUCUCCAUGACACCAUACUGGCCUGCAACACAACAUAUAUAACGCGUCGUCUUGCGUCUCUUCCGCGUGCUUUCGCUUUUAUUGCAUCCGUGAGCAAAUGCAUCAACUGCCUACCUGCGGGGCACGACCGACACGUUUGGUUGAAUAAUUCAGAGCCAAGCUCACAGUCGAGCUGACACACCCCGGAGCUGUUCCGAAAAUGGCCAUCUUUACAGUAACACAAAUCAGCACGAACCCCAGACGCUGAAGGGCCAGAACGAAAGAGAAAUAUAUAUGCCUGUUUCUUUCAUUAGCUCACUCACUCUCUCCGUAUGGACAGUCGUGGCACUUGGAGGUGUCGACAUCGUUGUAGUUGUACCGCAGGUCGAUGGAGCGGGCGAGCUUGCUCAGUGGCUCAUUGCUCGUGUCGACCACUGUGAUGUUGUUGGACGCAAGAGUGAGAAUGCCGGUCGAUGAGAGGGUUUCGAAGCUGUUUUUUGAAGUGACGGAACCCUUGUAAAGGAACCAACAGACAGACAAAAAAAGAAAGACGCAACAGCAGUAAAACGCUGUAAGUGUCAUACCACGCAACGGUUGGUGACCCAUUCUUUCACUUCUUGUAUGUCAAAGUGAUGGAGCAGAUCGCAUGUCAGCUUCCCAUAUAGCUGACACCCGGUGCAGUCAAGGUGCGUCAGACUGCGCACACAGGACAAGAGACACAGUCGGCUGAUGCAUUGCGUCUCUCAUUGACCAUGGAAGUGCUCGAAAUCCUUGUAAAAACUCGGUGACGUCGAUUUCCAGCGGAUUGAAUGAGAUAUCGAUUUUACGCAGCUGCGGCCAAUCGGGAGGGGGCAGCACAUUUAAGAGCUCGUAGGCCACAGAGGGCGUCGCUGAAAGCACGAAGCACGGAGAGUCAAACAAGCAUUCGCACAAAUAAAUGUCCUGUCCUGCGCACAUGCAUACAUAUAUGUGGAUUAUCGGCGCGGUAUCCCCUGGCUGUCUCGAACCACUCCGGCCACGUGAAUGAAUUGAAUCUGUUGAGGCCCAGAUGAAGCUCCUCAACGGCAGGUAGCUGAUACCAGGUUUCCGGUAUGGUAUCAAGGCCGUUGCUGUGAACACUGAUAUACUCCACGCUAGAAAAAAGCAACAGUCAGGAAAACUUUGAUACGUCUCAGACACAAGUGCUAUUCCAUACGGUGACCCUCUUGCUUACGUCUUGGGAAGUGAUCCAUUGCCAGUAAAGUUCUCGAUACGAUUGUAGCUCAGGUCUAGCGUUCUGAGUGACACGAGGGGCUGCAGAGAUGGCAACGUGCCGGCCAGGCUGUUGUUGCUCAGGGAGAGUUUCGUUAGCUUCGUCCAAUUUUCCAGCGAGGCCGGGAGGCCUGUGAGACUGCACAAAACAAGAGUGAGAGCAUAUGAGCAGUGUUGUGCCCGUUGGUUGACAAGAAGAGACUAUUACCUAUUGUCGUCAGCGAUGAACUCUUUUAGUUCCGUGCAUUCCCUCAGCCCCUCAGCCACCUGGCCGUGAAACUGCACACACACAACAGUAGAGCCGCAAGAGCCCCCUUGACUCAAUCUCGUACCAUGUUAUGGCUGAGAUACACUAUUUUCAGCUUUCUCAGCGAUCCAAGGGCUUCCAGAGUCCCCGACAAAUUGUUCUCAUCCAAAUGUAGCUCCUUUAAUUCCUGCAAGUUGGCCCACUGCUUCGGGAUGGUGCCGGUGAGAUUGUUGCUUCUCAGGUUCAGGUGUUCCAGCUUCGUCAGGGAGCCCCACUCAGGAGGAAGGCUGCCGGAGAAGCCUUCGUUUUUCCCCCUUUGGCCGUGGAGAUCAAUUAGACAUAUCUUUGCCGCCUUGCUGAGAGAUGCAGAUAGAGACGCUGACAGCUGCAAUCAGAACGGCAAACCGCUUUCUGUUCUCCGCCUUUGUGUCUCUUCGCUGACUAUUCGUGUGUUGUGACUUAUCUCGUUUUCCUGCAACUCCAGCUCCUCGAGAUGCAGCCAGGUCGACCCAAAGCCAUCAGGCAGACUGCCAUUUAGGCGAUUAUUCUGCAGCCUCAGAUGUCUCAGGCGUGUCAGAUUCUUGACAAACGCCGGGAUGGAGCCAGAGAUAUCGUUCCGCUGCAGAUCAAGGGUCUCGAGACCUGUCAGUGCUCCGAGAGACUUAGGUAUAGCACCACUCAAGCCAACAUCCUUGAGCACAAGGGACGUCAAAUUGCAGCUAAGCGUGGUAGGAACGGUCGCAAGAUGCACGCCGGGCCGCUCGAGGGUCAGAUACUUCAGUUGCGCCAUGUUGACGAGCUGUCCUUCCGUAAAAGAUCCCUCGAAAGCUGUGUCGAUGAUGGAGAGCAACUCGAGGGAGAGAAGGUUCAACCCAGGCAGUUGACCUGAAAAUCCAGGGCCAUUCUUCGAUGAGCCUGCGAUGUCGAGAGCUCUAAGGAACGUCAGGUUGCUAGUCGAAGUUGGGAGGCCUCCAUUCAGUUGUGUCUGAGAUAGACACAUUAAGCCCAUCUCUCGUUGCUGCCUGUGCCUUUCCUGCCCUUGUUCUCACCCUCCGCAGACACAACAGCCGCAGCAUUGUUAGAUUGCCUAUACCUUCCGUCAGUUGGGCCUCAAAAGGCACACUCGUAAUGCACAAGCCCAGAAUGGCCGAAAGCUCAUAGGCUUCGGUGGGGAAAGGCACAUUCUUUCUCAGGGACGCCCGCCAUUUUGUCACCUGCCCGCCCUCAUGGUUGCCCCACAGCAGCAAGAGAUACCCUUCAGCUCCGUCCGACAGGCGGAUACAGACGAUGAAUGACACCGAGCAGAAGUCGGUUGCGAAUAUUGUCGCCUCAGUCUCAUUCAUCAGGCCGAUCUUCACUGUCAGCCUGCUCAGUGCAUCAGCGUCGGCAGUGCACGGCACAUACUCAGAGCUUGACAGCUCGUCCACUUUGUCCAGCGGCAGGAUGAGUGAUUGGGGAGAUGACUUGCCCAUGGGGGUGACGGUGGGCUGGGAGACCACUGAGGCGGACAGCAGAUACCACUUGGUGCAGUCUGUCCACUUGCAGCUGCCAUCGUAGCUCUCGUUGGCCUGCGGAGCCCGUCCAGGCAGCACACGCGGGGCCCGAUGAAGUAAGUCCUGCGCAAGAGAAAUCUGAAUGGAGAAAAGAGCCACCCAAAGCUCCAAGGACACGAACCCAUGCCGCAUCUUUCGCAAACAAGCAAGCGCUUCCUGACCGCG